AUGCGAAAAAGCAGCUGGCCCAAGCUUUUUCCAAGUUUAGAAACAAGCGAGUUGGGUGAUCUGGAAGAUUUUGUGCUUAGCAGCGACAUCUUCAAGGAAGAGCAACUCGUCCAGAAUACUGAUGCAGACUUCCGCCGGUCAGUCGAGACCAUGCAAAGCAAGAAGCUUGAAAUGAAUACAGUCAUGCAUCUGACGAUGGCUGUACUAGCUUCAGAGCUGGACGUGGACUUCUAUGCCCAGUGUCAGCAGUACUUCCAAGCUUGGACGUUGCCCAAAGCCAGGAGCGAGUCUUUGUGUGGCAUGUUCUGUGCCAAACGGAAAGAAGCCAACAAGGCUGCAGGCACUUUCAAGGCCACGGCUUCGGAAGGUCUCAGUUUGUAUAGUCUGUUCGGUUUCAUGCUGGUGCAAGUGGUGGCGCCGCUGGUGAAGUGCAGCAACGUGAUCAAAGCUUACACCGGGCUUGUCAAUGUCAUUGAACUGAUUCAAGCAAUACCCCUGGACAAAUGCAACGCAGAUGAGCUCCGGUAUGCCAUCAGCUUUUUUUUGGAUGCAUGCUUAGCUGCCGGAUACCGAGGGUUUUUUCACCCCAAAUUCCACUGGCAGCUGCACAUGCCGAGCCAACUGGCACGGUUUAAACGCAUGCCCAGUUGUUGGGUUCACGAGCGAAAGCACAAAGUCGCAAAGCGGUUCGGAGCUCCCAUGGCCAACACAGCAGCAUUCGAACGAUCAUUGUUGCUUGAAGUCAUUGGCCACCAGAUGGCGGAACUCAAGGAGAACUACGUCUUUGACACUUCUGCCAGAUUGGACAAGGCAUGCAAAGCAUCGCAGAAAAUGAAGCAGUUUCUACAAGAUUACAUGGGGAGGCUUUCGGAUGACAUCCAAACUUGUGCCCGGGCCCACCUGUCGCCGGCCGGGCAAUGCCAAAAAGCUGAUGUAGUGCUUCUGAAGCAUGGGCUGGUCAUUGGCGAAGUUUAUUUUCACGCGACCUUCGGCGAUCGAGUGCUAUCUUUGCUGUCACUGUGGGAAAAGCAGACGUUUGAGGCAUGCAAAGGCUGUGGCGUUUUCAAGAAGCAACAUGCUCCCAUGCUUGUGGACACCGCAGACAUAGCUUGUGCUCUGCCUUUCUGCCAUUUGAAAGGCGACAUGUACAGAGUCUUCGUUCCCUUGGCAUACAGGCGGUAA